AUGGCCACGAAUCUCCACUCUUCUCCCCCAAACAAACGUCUCAAAACCCUAUCCCCAAAUUUCGAAAUCCCAAUCGAUAAAGGCAAAUCAAAAUCCCUAGUCGAUGACGAGCCUCCGCCGCCGAUCGCCGGAGAUGAAUCCGCCGAUUGCUGCGGGAUUUGCUUGUCGGAAGGUGGAGCCAGCAGGGGGCAGAUCGAGUGCUGCGACCAUUACUACUGCUUCGUCUGCAUCAUGGAGUGGGCCAAGGUCGAGUCCAAAUGCCCUCUCUGCAAGCGCCGCUUCUCUACCAUCCGCCGCCCUCCCAAGCCGCCGGUUUUCGCCUCCGAGCGCGUCGUCCGCGUCCCUGUCCGUGAUCAGGCUUGUCAUUAUUCUGGAAAUUUGGCAAAUGGCCCUCGAAAUAUGUAUUCUGAAGCUAAGUGUGCCACAUGUCAGGGCGUAUCAGAUGAAAGCCUCUUACUCUUGUGUGAUCUUUGCGACGCUGCUGCUCAUACGUACUGUGUUGGCCUAGGUUACACAGUUCCGGAAGGUGAUUGGUUUUGUCAGGAUUGCGCACUUCUGAGGGAGGAACAAUUGAAGAGUGAAUCAAAUAUCGAUCCUGAUGUUCAAACAAAUGUGUCAUCGGCUGACAGAAAAUCUACAGAGGAACACAUUUCUAUUAUGGAUAUCGUGCGAGAAUCUCCUGGCCAUGCAGCUCGGAGUUCUGUAAGGGUCUCAUCAUAUCAGUCUGACUUGCCACUUAGUACUUCUAAUGAUGGAGUUGUUAUGAGAAACGGCAUUGAGCGAUCAAGUUCAACAAGCCAAGGAGUUAUUGGGAGGCAGGCACCAACGUCGAAUGCUAGAACUCUACAUCAUUGUCGUAAUCUUCAUGACCGCAUACGUGCAUUACGUCAAAACUGGAAUGGACUUCGGAGUGGCGUUUUUCAUUUCUCUUCCAACCGAGGCAAGGGAAACAUUUCCCAGAAUUUUGUGGCUUCUAGAAGUGGAGAUGGCGUAAAUCAGCAAUCAAUGGCUCAGUGCAGUUCUCCUGAUGUAAAGAAUGACCGAAGAGACCAUGAGAUACAGAAAGCCUGGGAGAUGUUUGAUAAAGCAAAGUCCAAAAGACGAGACCGUGAACGGUCCAAUAUUGUGCCUCGAGCCUCAAAAUUCCAGACAAGAAAACCCAACCCCCCUAAAAGUGCUAAUUUUGUGAGCAAUAGGCCAGUAUCACUAGAUAGCCAACCUAAUUUAGCAAAGGAUUGCUAUGCACAACCAUCUUCAUCUUCUGGAAAAGGAAUGCGGAAAUUGUAUGUGGUGAAGGAAGUCACCUAUAGCCGUGACGAUUCAGUAAUUGGUCAUUCUGGUGCACACCAAGAAUUGAGAUCUUCUAAGGAGACUCCCUCACACGUGCACAAGGCUAAUACAAGAAGCAUGAAAUCACCAGCUACAGAAACAUUAGAAGGACUGCGUUGCGUCGGAUCAGAUGCAUCAGGACGAGUUAUUCCAAAUUUCGAUCAGGUUAAUGGGGUUAAUCAUGUGUCUUCCUCCCAUAGCAAGGUCAAACAUGCGAAGGAGAAAAGGGAUUCGGAGAAAAUUUGUGUUGACAGCCAGCAAUAUAAUGCUGCCAAGAGUGAGAUUCAAUCCCUAGUAAAGCUCAACUUAAAACUUCAGACUAAAGAGGAGAAACUAGAUGUGGACGCAUUCAAAGAAAUCGCCAGACUUUCCACUCAUUCCAUACUAGCUGCAUGUGGUUUGGAGCAUCCACGGCCUGGUUUGCCUUCAAUUCCAGGUAUCGUAUGCUCCCAUCUCAGCAGCGUCGAACAGCAUCAGAAAUCUAGUUUAAUGCCUUGUUCUUGCCGAGAAUGUUUCUAUGCAUUUGUGAAGGAUGUUGUCAAUCGCGUUGUGUUGCAGAAGAAGGAAACAACUCACAAAAAUCCAUGAUAUUUUCAGGUUUGUAAUACUAGUGUAAUUUAUCAGAUAUCAUUCUUGUAAGUUGUAAAGUAGGUGUAGCUGGUAAUAAUGUACUUGUACUCUCUCAGUUCAUGAAAAAUAAUAGUAUUGGUUUAAUUGGUUUAA